AUGGAGCUGGAACCGAGCAAAAUCGUCGACUUUCACUAUGAGUACAAGAACGUGGACGAUAAGCCGGCCAAGCUGGUGUACGCGAUCGAAAUCCCCUACAAAGGCAGUGUGGCCGAGCUAAGCCACCAGAUCGUGGCCGUCCGGAUGGAUCCAAUCAUGAAGUUUCUCAAGGCGGACCGUAACCUGCUCCACACGCUGCAAACAUUCAUCGAACGUGAAAAUCAAUCGUUUUACGACGAACGUGACGAACUGUUGCUGGAAAAGUUUCGCAACGGAACACCGAACGUGGACAGCUUGGCCCUAGAUACGGAGAAGCUCUAUCGGGAGGAGAUACUCGAGUUUGCCGAUCGGGUAGGCCCUACGGAUGAGGAAAUAUUUGCCCAGAGCUAUCAUCAGUUGGUACAUUCAUCGCUGCUACCGGAAAUAUUGAGCAAAGAGCGUGAGUACGCGCGGACAAUUGCGAGCCUGGCAACACAAAUGACGCAACAAAUUACCACAAUGAACACGCUGCAUCAGGAGGAGAUUGAGUCAAAAAUUAAGCUACUCGACAUAUCGAUUACACCGGAAAACAUUAAUCAUAUGCUGGCAAAACAGUACGGUAUGCAAAACAUGAUCCGCAAACAGUGCGAAUCGGAGCUGGAAUCAACGCGCGGCCAUCAGAAGCACGAGUACCGGAACUGGGUAACGCAGCACGUGGAUGAAAGUUUCCUGGCGCAGUCCGAAAGUCCAACGCAGAUCGGAAACCGUUGGUCGAUGAUUUCUACCCAGGCACCAUCCAUGGAGGAAAGCUUCACCAUCCAUCUGGGGUCACAGCUGAAGCAUAUGCACAAUAUACGCAUUCUCAGCACACGAGUGGCCGAUCUUUGUAGUCCACUGUACGGUGACGCAUCGUUCGGAGGACCCAACGUGGCGCUGGGACUGUAUUCGAGCUCGCUGUGCGGUAUCGUCGUACUAACGCCGUCCGGUACGAUAACGCCGGAUCGAGAGAUACGACGCAACGCAAAUAUGUCGACCGAAUUCCACUUCGAUCAGAUCGAUCGACAGAUCGAGAAGAUACAGGAAGAUCUGCGGAACCUUCAGCACGGUUCAGCGGUCGAGGCUGGUGGAGCUCAAAGUCUAGCGGCAGCUGCUGGCCGUAGACCGGACCGUACCGUAGUAACGGUAAAACCGGGCGAUGCGUUUAUUACGCGCCACUCGAACCUGUCCCACUCGCACGUCAUCUUUCAUCUGAUAUCGGAUGAAACGUUUCAAAGCCCGAGCGAAAUCAACUCUCGCCAUCCUGUGAUAUUGGGUUUGCGAAAUAUAUUGAAAAUCGCCAGCAGACAUGAUAUUACCACACUUACCAUUCCUGCUUUGUUGCGGCACGAAAUGUCUGAGGACAUGACCGUCAGUUGGUGCAUACGGCGAGCAGAGUUGGUGUUUAAGUGCGCCAAAGGAUUCAUGAUCGAAUCGGCCAGCUGGGGUGGAGCGGAACUGAACACAUUGCAGCUUCUGUUACCGCACGACAUUUCCGAGGAAUUGUUCCGUACGCUCGCCGACAUGGUACCGCACGUGUUCCGUGUGGCAAAUCCGAAAAUUCUUCAAUGAAUC